UUACUGUGUUGCAAAAAAAAAAUAUAUCUCCCACUAACUACAUUUAUUUUUAAAAUUCUUUGUUUAGUGUGCAAAUCUCCGUGAAUCUUAUUCAUUUCUACGUUUUGUUAUUAAAAUUUCGGCUGCUAUGAGAGUAUUUCAAAAGUAAAGAUGGAUGACAGAGACCAAGUAAACGAGAAGCAUCUCGACGAAGAUCAGCAAUCUACUACCGUACUUCCAUGGGACAGGUUCUCAAACUGGAUCCACUGCUGUUGUGUUGUGACUUUUGAUCUGGAACUUGGGCAGGCGAUGGAGCUGAUAUACCCAGGCCAUGUUAAGUUGUCAGACAAAGAGAAAAUGAAUAUAUGUUAUUUGUCUUUUCCUGAUUCUAAUUCAGGUUGUAUGGGUGAUACACAGUUCCACUUUCGUAUUCGCCAGUGCCCUGGUCGCAAGCCCACUGUGAAAGCACACAAUGCUUAUAACAGAGACUGCCCAAUUACUUUACAGAGUGAAUCAGCAUACUACUAUGGAUUUGUUUACUUCCGUCAAACCAAAGACAGAACAAUAAGAAGAGGAUACUUUCAGAAGUCAGUUGUGCUGGUCACCAAACUGCCUUUUGUGGCCCUGUUUUCUCAGCUAGUCAGCAUUAUUGCUCCAGAAUAUUUUGACAAUGGGGAGCCCAGCCUUGAAGCAGCUUGCCAUGAUAUUGACCAAUGGCCUGACCCUAUACCAGGUGACACUCUUAAUCUGCCAAUCAUGGGAACAGUGAUUCAGGUACGAGUGCCUUGUCGGUCAGACAGGUUGGUAGGUGGAGUGCAGGCAAAAUCUCAGGAAAGGCACACAAUACCAGCUCACUCAGUCUUGCCAACGCUACAUGAAGUAGAUAUAUACAGUGCUUUUCAUAGUAUCCUGCCACAUGUGCAGCUAUUGUGGGAACUUGUGCUUAUUGGUGAGCCUGUUGUCGUGAUGGCAGCAUCUCCUUCAGUGACCUGUAACUGUGUUCAGGCACUUAUCAACAUGAUCACACCUCUUAAAUACUGCAAUGACUUCCGCCCAUACUUCACCAUACAUGACAGUGAAUUCAAAGAAUUUACAACAAGAACACAGGCACCACCACCAGUUAUUCUUGGAGUGACCAAUCCAUUUUUUGCCAAAACUCUUCAGCAUUGGCCACACAUCAUACGCAUUGGUGAGAUGGGAGGACUUGGGACUUCCCCUAAACCAUUAAACAAAUUGAAGAAAGCUGCAUCCUUAAAAACACUUGACUCCAAGCCAGAUCAGCCAGAAUCCUGUGUGUAUACUCAGUACAAGAGCUUCCUGGCCAAAGACAAAAUGAUACUCAAGCGACUGAUGAAGGGUUCACAGUCAAAGCGGCCAGUGGAAGCCCAGAAUGCCAUUUUGCGACGGCACUUCUUGGAGUUGACACAGAGCUUCAUGAUACCUUUGGAGCGUUAUAUGGCCAGCCUUAUGCCUUUGCAGAGGAACAUUUCUCCACACAAGGGUGCACCAUUAUUGCGACAGUUUGAUCCUGAAGAGUUCCUGCAAACUGUUGAGCACUCAGGACCUCAGUUGACCUCUGGCAUUAAAGGUGAUUGGGAGGCGUUGUACAGGCGCUUUUUCCGGUCACCAAACUUUGAGGGAUGGUACUACCAGCGCCAGCGAGAAGUCAAUCAGAAGCUGCAAGUUCUUCAUAUGGAAGCUUUGAGUAAUUCUAAUUUGGUCGAAUGGAUCCGAGACAAAGAAGAAGUGGAGAUUGUGGAUCUCAUCUUGCGCAUCAAAGAAAAAUUGAAAUUUGCUAUCAACAACCACACAGUGGUUCAGCAAGAGAGUGUGAUGAAGCUGCAGAAGCAUCUUGAGAACAUAGUGUCUGCUCUUCCGGAUGACCUGCAGACCGUCAUCAAAACAUGACACCAGCUUCACAAGGUUAGGUUUAGAGCAGAGAAAGGCUACUGAGACAGACUUCUCAACUGUGAUCAGUUGUGGGCUGGUUAAAGCCUGUUUUAGUGUCUUGCCACAUGGGGCUGGCAAUCAACCAGAUCAAGACUGGAGGAUUGUUUUAUGAAGCAGCAGUAUUCAUCUAGUCAGUGACAUUUAGAUGGUGCAUUUCAUGAGACAGCUGUUUCAUUUUGUUGCUCACAAUCUUGGCACCUGGUAAAAGACGCUGUCCAUUGAUGGUCCCAUAGUUAAUGGCCAGGGGCAGUCAAGUGCUAGGGGUCUUUGGGUACCAUUUUACCAGGAAGGGUAGCCUCACAUCGACAAAGAACUAGCAAGAUCCAAGGCAGCAAGUAUGACAUGUCUGUUUUGUUGUCUAAAAAUAAAGCUCUUUCUUGGAAAAGACAAAGAUGGCAGCCACUGUCUUCUGAAGAGAUUUAUUUUAUUUAACUCAGAAGAUUUUUGGUUUCAGGGAAAGGUCAUUGCAGGUACCUGGUGCAAGAAACAAGGACUUUUUGUUGUUGAAAGAGAAGACUUGUUGUUGCCAACAUACUAACAUUUUAGCACUGUGAAAUUGGAUUCCUAUCUUUGGAAACAUGGUUGGACAUAUCAACAGGAUGCUUUAGAUUGAGCAGAUGUGUGUUGAAAUCUGUAGACAAGUGCCCAAGGAGCAGAAUGUUAAGACUUUCGGCACCUUUUUGUCUUUUCUUCCAACUGUUUUUUUAAAAAUAUCUUUUAUUAAGUUAAGAAGCAUAGUAUAACUCGAAGUGAGAGGCUUGGUCCAAAUGAAAUCUUGCUGGAAGUUUUGGAUUGAAAGAAAGCUCACUUCAGUAAUAAAAUGUCUUAAUUAAUAUGGGUGUUAUAUUUGUCUUAGAAAAGCUGACAGGUGCUUUAACUAACUGAUAUUAAUUCAUUCAAUGCAGUCAUUGUAAAUACACCAAUUGCGGCAUACGUCAUUUCUUAAAUUCUAUAUGAUUUGGUUGCUGGAAUCCAAUGCAUAGUAAGAAUGAAUGACUAAAAAUGGGAAAAUAUCUUAGCUUAUUUAGGGGUUAUUUGGCCUUGAAUUUUAUGCCUUCAGAAACUAAAACAUCUAAUGGCAUAUUUUUAAAGUUAGAAGAUAGUAACUACAGUUAUUUACUCGAGGUUGCUUAUUCACAUGAAUCUACUCUACCAAAGGAACAACUCCAAACAAAAGGGAAACACUUUAAAGUUCAUUGUCUUUUUCUAAUAUUUAAAUAUUUUAUAUUCCUUUUCUUUAAAUUCUUACUUCAUGACUUGAUUUCGUGUGAUUAGUUUCAAUGUUACCGUGAUCUCCUAUAACCUUACUCUAUUUCACUCAGAUUUAUUACAAGAAAACAAAGGAAAAGAUUCAUCCAAUAUAAAGCAUUUUAUAGUUUAAAAAUACUCUUUACAGUUUUGUGUACAUUAUGGUUGUCUUUAUUGUAGAUUUAUAACUGUUCAAGCACAAUAGUCUUUUAUGCUAGCCAUAUGACAUGUUUGAACACAGUGUGGUUUGUAUCAACUGUGCAACAUGUUUUGAAAGAAAAUGGAGGAAGCGCUUUGUGCUGGCUUUGCCAUAAUUUUAAUGGUCAGAGUAACUUGUCCAAUGAUUGAGGUAGCAUUACAGUUGAGCACAAGGAAUGAAAUACUGUCAUAAGUAUUUAGAGACAGAUGUGUGACAGAUAAUGUUGAGAUUCAUGCCUGCAAGAGGAUGAGUUUUUUGGGUUUUUUUGUUUUGCAUAGUUCACUGGAUUUUAAGCUCUGUGAAUUUUAAAGUGAUUUGAGAGAUUUUUUUCUCCAUAUGUUAUUUUUAAUACCCCUCUUCAUGAGUGUUUUGUCCAAAAAUGUCAGCUUUACAUUUUUCACUUUCUUCUCAGGAUGCCAGGACUUAGGGUACAAAAAUAACGUCUUUCAUCCAUACAGGCACAUCUAUCAUCUGAAUGUGUAGUCAGGCAUUAAAUUUAAUAUCUUUUUUCCCAACUGACCAAUGAUGGUUAAAGUUUCUCAGAAAAUGUUUAAAUAACUAUAGCAUCAAUUUUUUUUUUUAAACUCAUCUGUGUUCAGUUACUGGGAAUGUUGUGCAGUGGAGUAACUAUUUACUUUACAGACAAUUGACAAUCAAGAAGAAAAACUGGCCUGAGAUCUUUCACAUCCAGGUAAUGAUGUCAAAGAUGUCGAUAGGCACCUUUUGAAUUUUGUCAAGAGGGUUUAACAUGUGUUAAAGGUCACAUUAAUGAUUUGAAUGUUAUGAUCUGUGCCUGAAGUGUCAACAAGCAAAAAACAUGAACUCUUACAUUCCCCCUUUCCCAUUGAGCCUCCAAUCUCAAGUAUUAUCAGAUGAGCAUGAGGUGGUGUUUAAAGUUUAUUUAAAUAUUUUAGGAAGUAGGGUUGGGGUUUGCGUACAUCAUUUUUGAAGUUCUACUUAAUUUCAUUGUUUGGUUAAUGUAAAAACUAUGUUGAGAAUGUCUUUAAGUGUGUGUGUGUGAAAGAGAGAGAGACUGUGUGUAUGCAUGUUUGUAUGCACAAUGUUUGUUUAUGAACAUUAAUGGAAUGAAACACCAUCUUUUCUAGUCUUUGUAUCAUGAAUUUUUAGACAUUUGAAGGUUUAUCUUUCUUUUUAAAAUAUAUAUAGUCAUGUGUAACAUGCAUUGUUUUGAUGAUUGUUAGCAAUGCAGAUGGUUAAUGUUAAACUCAACAGGAAGUUUGAUAACAAAUGUACAUAAGACUUAAGACAUGGUGGACCAUGAGUGCAAUCAUUUUCAGGUGCAGGUGCACAUUAUAUGACAUUCUACAAUAAAGUUUGAUGCACUGUAAAUUUAAGGGAAAAAAGUCUGUAAACCAUUAGUCUUUAGUCUUUUUGUUUCAGGGAUUGUUUCUCUUUUUUUUUGCAGUGAGUAAAAGAUCAUUUUGUGUGUGCAUGCAUGCAUGUGUGCAUGUUUCUCAGGUUAUUUAAGCAUUCUUAUUAAAAGGUCUGCGGAAAGGUUCUCAGGUUAUUUAAGCAUUCUGAUUAAAAGGUCUGUGGAAAGGUUGUUAGUGCACUAGCUCUAGCUAUCCACUAUGGUACAAUUUGCAGUUAGGUCUUUUUGUUGUUGUUUUUUUUUUUUUUUUUUGACUUCCUCUACUACACAGUUUAAAAAAAUAGUUUAAGGUAUUAGUGAAGUUUUGCACCUAUAUUGAUGAAUAACCAUAAUGAAGAUUGUUGAUCUUUCUAGGCUUUGUGUACUUUUUAUCAUUUCAAUAUUUUAAAUUAUAGCUGUAAAGACAAUGGCUAACAACAAUACAGAAAACUGCAACCAGAGGCACAACAGUUAGCGCCUGUCACCAAGACAGCGCGGAUUUGCUUUCCUGAAAUGAGAUCUUGUCUCGGGGUUGCUGUUCUGUCUCAGUAUGUGGCAUCUGUUUAUUGAUGCUUUGCCAUGAUAUAGCCUUAGUUGCAUAAAACACCUGUUAUCCAUACCCCUUGGGUUGGAAGUCUCAGUUUAAUGUGUUUAUCUUCAGUUUCAAAAUUUUAUAACACGUCACAUGCAUUGACUUGCCAAGCUUAGACAUUUUAUUUGUUGAUAAUAUUUUUAUUGGUUGCAAAUUGUUUUUUUUAUAUUAUUUUAUAGAGGUUAUUAUCAACUUAUUGUUUUAUGUGAAAGUAAGUUUCAGAUAUUUUUCGGUUUUUCCAUUGUGGCUUAAAAUCUGAAAACCGUUGUGGUCGAGUACAAUUCCAGGAGUAUUGCAUGCUUACAUAUUCUUUCACUGACAACUCUGAGAUGUCUUGUGAUAUCCUGACAAAAAUGUGUUUAUGUAUGAAAACAAUACCUUCUCAGAAUUUCCAGAAUGAUCGGAGUGAAUUUUUCUAAAUUGUUACUAUGAUCAGUGUUAACUCUUUUGGCCACCAGAUAGUAUAGCAUAAUGAUUGGUAAUAUUAAGAAGUAAAAAUUUUGUGCUUGGUGUAUGCAUUGUAUGAAAAUGGUAAUCAUGAAUUUUGAAAAAAGAUACUUUUUUUAAUAUAACUGUCAGCUUGCAGACACCUUUUCAUUCCAUGACAUUUUGUCCAGUUGUAUAGUUAUUUGUCCCAUGUUAAUUUAAGAAUUUGACAAAUUUUAUUCCAAUGCAGUGUUUCAGCAUAUAAUUAACGAGGCUUUGUUUACAUGACUUUGGAGCAGAGGUUUUCUGGUUUUAAGGAAAUUUUUGGCCAGUGGCAGAAAACCACGCUUUCCUACCAGCCAGAUGGGUGUCUGAUUUAUAAGGGUAUAAAAAUGGCAAAAGAAAAGGUUAAACACCAUGCACUAGCCAUGCUUACACUUCACUGCCCAUAUAGCCUUGAGGCUAUGGGACCCUUUUAUCAAUAGAAUUUUGUCAGUAUGAUAAAAUGUGGUGUUUGUGUCGUGUGCUGUGCGUUUUGUAAUAAGUCCGACAUAGAAAUAUUGGCAAGAUUGGCCAGUUGUCUGGUUGUCUUGUUUAAACAAAAUCUCAUGAGCUAAGGCACAGGAAAAUUUUUAAAAUCAUUUUUAUGUUGUGUUAUGAUGUAUUCAUUUGAAGCUUGAUUUUCUUUUUAAAAUACGUUUAUCACAGUGAAUAGUAAAGUGGCACACCUUGUCAUGCUGCCAUGGCAUGCUGAGAGAUACUUUUAAUUUUUGGUAUGUGUUUUUAAUGUCUUCUAGAAAGCAAGGGUAAAUGCAUCUUUUAAUUUGAGUCACUUUAGAUCUUUCUCACCAUCUAGAUAUUAAUAUAGAAUGGAUGGGCUCAUCUUAUGAUCUUUUGCUGACAUUUGCUGAGUGACUUGGACUGUUAAACUGUGAAAGUCAGAUAGUGAGUUGGAGCAAAGUUUAUCUCCUGAUUAGAAGUUGUUUUCAUGAGAAGAAGACAGCAUAAGCUUAAAAUAUUGCAGCUGUGAUUGGAGAGUAGGAGGAGAAAAAUUCAGUCUGGCUGUUUAGAAGAUGGGAGUUGGGAUCUUAAAAUUUUCGAUAGAAUUGGGUUGAAUCUUGAGUCUGUUUGUGUGUGUGCCUGACUGCGCAUGUCCGUAUGAUUGCUAUGUAUGUAGGUACAUGCAAGUUGUGCAAGUGGUUUUCUAAGCUCACAUAAAACAGAUGACAUACACAACUGACAGAUAAUGAAAUAAAAGCUGCACAUUUUCUUUAAAAAGUGCAUAAGGUUGAAUUUUGUUGUGCAUAUAUAUUUUGUCUAUCAAUAAAAUGUUCAAACAGUA